GGCGCGACUGCAGCAGGCGAUGAUUGAAAUUUCCCAACUCCUGCCUGUCCUCCUCCGACCGCUACAUCACCACCGUCACCCGCCGCCUCCCCACCCCCUUUUGGUAUCUUGGGUCUCUUCGAUCCUCUUGUGCUCGCGCGAGGGUCAAGCACAGUUGUGCACGUCCAGGCGCCGUAGCCCUGCCGGGCCUCCAGAAUUGUAUCCACCUCACGCGUCUGCAUCCACAGUCACGGGUCACUUAGGCGCAACGGUCACAGACCACGAUCAUCCCUGCUCCUCCGCGACCAGGAUUUUCUCCCACCUCGAAAUCCCUGAGCCCCUUCAAGCUUCGCCAUACUCCCCAAACUCUCAUUACAGACUCGACCUCGACUCUCAACCGCCAUUCCAACCAGGCAUUUCCGAAUCCACGGUGCCACGGCCACCUUGUCCUUCGGUAUCACCACAGCUUCCCUCCCCACCGCGGCUGCCUGCGCCACCAACCCAAGAGGCUCGCGUGGCUUGCCGUCCACAAAGCUUGCAGCAAGUGCGUCCUCCAUCGGCUCGGUACCAUCGCCUUGUCUCGCCGGCCCAAGCUCAUCAACCAAGCCGUCGCAGUCCACAACAAGUGGGAUCCUGCUAGAGGCAACUGUUCUAGUCUGCCCAGCUCGUCAGCGCGACACCAUCUUAAACAGCGACUAGCAGCGCACACACGCCCGGCCGCGCCUCACCACUAGACGCCCCGCCAAACCCCGUCUCUGCCUCGCAAGUUUUUCCGAGCCAAACAACGACCUCUUGGGCUUCUGGGCUGUGGCACGAUACCUACGUCCCUGUCGAGCUUCUCGGGCCCUGGAAGUGGACCGGCCUGACUGCUUGGACUCGAGUUUAGAUACAGACAGCAUCGAGCCGUGUCGGGACACGCGUCUGUGAUCACUCCUGACGAGACACACAUUUCCCACGAUUGCAAAGUCUUGGCUUUCUGCAACUCGGUCUGCCGACCGGCCUGCCCAGCACACCUGCUCGCGCGGCUCAUCCUUGACCGCAUUGGCCCCGACAGCUAGGAUACGACCCUGCUCACUCACCCUCAGGACAUCCACGCCUGUCCCUCACGUGGCUGUUGGGCUGAACUCCCACCACAAAGCAUCCCGAGUGUCUGGUCUGCCAAAGAAGCCUCGCACCCGACCAUACCGGGAUUCCCUGUGGACACUUGUAUUACAUACGACGUCUACUCGCCUUUUCGAUUCUAUUUUGCAAACUACCCUCACUCACGAACCACUUCGAGUUAACAACCGUGUUGGAGUGGAAUUUGGUGGAUUCCUUGUUAAGGACGAGUCUAGCAGUCGAUUCGAUAGGUCUCCUCUGCCGCGGACGCUGUCCACAUGGGCUUGAUGACGAUGGCUAGAGAUCAUCGACAGGCCAAUAGCCAGUUUAAGGAAGAGCCUGGCAAUGACUCGCAUUAUCCCCACCAGGCCCCACCACCCUCGCAUCUCCAGCAUCACCGACCUCCCAGCAUCGUUCAUCAGCAACAUCAUCCCCAGGCUGCACCUCCACAACAGCCAUCGCAUCCAUCGGGGUACACAUCCAACCAUCCCUCCGCUCCGGUCUAUCAACAGCCAAACCAAGGGAACGCCGCGCAGAAUUCAGCACAGGACGGCUUGCCCUAUUAUCAGGCAAGCCCCUACAGCACCCCAAGCGCGACAAGCGGAUAUACCUCCGCAGUUGAGACGCCUGACAUGAUGGCUGCCACAAUGCAUCGACAAUACCCUCCCAUUUACCAGACUCCCCAGUCCAAUUCGCCCGCGUCUGUCGCGUCGCCCUCUGGUCACGACCAGCAUAGGAGCAUGUAUGCUCAGCCGACCUCGCAACAAAUGCCACAGCAGUCUAUGUACUACCCGCCGCAGACCCAAUAUGGAUCUAUGCCACAGCAGCCUGCGCCUUCGCCUUACAGCCAGCAUGCCCAGACGUCUCACCAGUCUAUGACCUCGCAGCCGAACAUGAUGAUGUCGCACACCGCGCCACAGCACCAAAUCGCUCAACACGCGACUCAACACGCGCAGGCUGGAAUGACAGGCAGUCCACGGCAUCAGAAGAUUGAGGCGCAUCAAGUGCCGCCUCAACUCCAAAGGCCGUCGCAGUCAGGAUCCAUUGGAGGUCCAUCGCCGAGCACUCAGAAUGGUGCACAGCUUUCCACGCCGACCGGUUCCACCCCUGGCGGUGUUAACCCCAACGCUGCUCCAGGCCCUAUUCCCGCCACAACUCCACUUGUCGUUCGCCAGGAUGGAAAUGGCGUUCAAUGGAUAGCCUUUGAGUACUCGAGGGAUCGCGUCAAGAUGGAAUACACUAUCCGCUGCGAUGUCGAAUCUGUCGACACCGAUCAGCUGUCGGCCGAGUUCAAAACCGAAAACUGUGUAUACCCCCGCGCUUGCUGCGCCAAAGACCAGUACAGGGGCAACCGUUUACAAUACGAGACGGAGUGCAACACCGUCGGCUGGGCACUUGCACAGCUUAACCCACCCCUGCGCGGCAAGCGAGGUCUGAUCCAGCGAGCAGUCGACAGCUGGAGGAAUAGCAACCAGGACCCCAGGUUGCGCUCCCGACGAGUUCGACGCAUGGCCAAGAUGAACAACCGCAAGGCCGUCAACAACACUCACCCUGCCCACAUGGCCGGUCCAAGUGGUCCUGCAGGCAUGGCCGGCUCAGGGCCCAUGGGUCCCGGUGGCUCAGCUUCCAUGGGAAAACCCGCGAUGGCGAUGGGCGGGCAGAUGCACCACCACCAGGGUGGCUCUGAUGGCCACUCUCAUGGUGGAGGGGAUGAAGUCGGCGAGGGAGAGUAUAUGGACGACCAGCAUCACCACCACCACCAAGCUCCUCCGGCUCAACCCGGCCAAGGUGGCGACGACGUCCGUCAGGCUCACGUGUUCCACAGCGGCUUCAACGGUGGCUAUGGAAGUAACGCCCCCGCCAACAGCUCGACCAUGCCAUCGCUUCAGGAUACCCUGAGCAAUGGUCAUCAUCCCGUGGCUGCUCGCCGCGCCGGCUCUCGCGCCGCAGGUGUUGACGAGCCGUCGGAUCUGUUCCCUGACAUCCCGGAGGCCAAGAAGCGCAAGUUCAUCCUCGUUGAGGACAGUGACCGACAAAGCCGCCUGCGCGUGCGCGUUACCCUCGACGGGGUCGACACCCGUGAGAUUCCCGACUCGUUCCGUAAAAGCUCGUCUGUCUUCCCGCGGUCCUACUUUCCUCGCGAGAUGCAGAGCCCGCCGCCCAGCGCCACAGGCUCGAGGUUCUUUCAGGAAGACAUGAGCGACGUCGAAGACGACGGAAACGCUGACACUGAAGGUCGGCGCGCCGGCCGAGGAGCCGCUGGACGAGGCAGGUCACUGAUCAAGGUUCCCGCCACUUCCAGCGAGGGAAGCGAGGUGGAAGUGGCUAUUCCCAAGUUGCGCAAGGCCAUUCGUGGCAAGGAGGUCCGCCUGAAUGAUCUGGGGUACCGCAUGGCAUGGCUCCAGAGUAGGGUCUUCGCGGGUCGCCCCGUGUUUCUCCAACGCGCUCUUGACUGCUACCGCAACAAGACACGUCAGGCGAUUGACUCAAUAAUGCAAGAUGUCAAGACAGUGGCGCCGCAUUAUGAGACCCGCGUUGGCAAGCGGAGGUGGACCGAGAAGACCCGGCGUGGCGAUAAGAAGGACGAUGAGUCUUAGUUGGACAUUCGGCUGAGGUCGUCGCCGCAAGGUCCGAACUUGAAAUCUCAACAGCCUGGGCCAGGUGAUCAGCAGAUCGCGGAGAGGAACGCACUAUGAGGAGAGCUGGCUGCCUGAUACCAAUCAAGAUGAAAGCAGACAAGAAGCGAGGCUCGUGGACGUCUUUGAAAAAGUACGGGCCACUGGACAAAGCCGGGCUGCCCGAUUCAAUAGCCUUGAAUUUGGUGGUUCAGCCCAGAAUCAUCCAGUUGCAGAAUUAUCCCAGCCCCAACUGGCUGAAACGACUUUGCCGCGGCCUAUCCGACAUUUUGCGUCGAGUUAGCUAUAUUGCUACUCGUUUCGGACAGCCUUGAGAAGGGGGCCAUUUCCUGUCAAAUCAAGUCUGCGGCAAACAUCAAGCAGUUGGGAGCGAGCGAGUCAAGUAGUCCUGGGCGCUCAAUACUGACAAAGGACUCGGCACUCGGCCAUUCCAGGCAACUUACUCAGCAAGAGAUAGACGGGUCGGCCCUGGUGUUUUGUUGUGUUUGUGUAUUUCUUUUGCGUAUUAUUUUUCUCCUUUUUCUUUCCGUUGCUCCUUCUCUCCGCCAUGACGACCAAAGCCAUGGCAUGAAUUUCACGAACGAAGACUAGACGGACAUGAUCUCAGUGACGACCACCCAACCAAAAAAACGACCGAAUGGGGACAGGAGAAAAGGGGUCUUCAAAAUCAAGAAGGGAAAAAGAUCAACUCGCUCGGGCGGGACCAAUGCUGCUUUCUUCAGGUGGGAAAAGGUUCAACAGGGGGCCGGCGUGCGACUCUUUACUUUUAGUUUCCAUCUUGCUGUCAUCGUCGGCAUCAUCAUCAUCAUCAUCGUGACCAUCAAAUCAGGAAGAGGACUUUCGGCAGAGGGAAUGAGGGCUGGGAAAGAGAUCUGUUAGGGCCAGGGAGGCCAGAGUAGGUGUUGUGUGUUCGUUUUGAUUUAGAUGUCUGGUUAAGCUCGGCUCGAGUGAUGGCAGUACGGCUGGUUCUUUGGGAGGCCGACGGGGAAGGAGGGGAGGGGGUAUGGAGGAAGAGGUUUCUUGAAGCCUGUUUUUGUAAUUGGACCUUGUUUUCAACCUGUCUUUACCGAAUGACUUCUUUCCUGAGCCCUCGUGCGGAUACGCAAGGAAGAGAUUAGGAGCGAAGAGAGCUAAUUCUUCCACUGCCAUGCUAGAUAUCCCAAUGUCAAAAACGUGUGCAUAUGAA